CCCCCCCCCCUCCCCCGAAUGCCAAAAUGAUUCCUAAAAUAGAAAGUUAUUGAUCAAAAAUGUUGCAGAUGUAAAUAUUUUUUCCCAACAAUAUGUGGUCAAAUCUUGCUGCCUGCUGUAUUCUGAAAAGCUCCUAUUAACUACUCAUUACUGUAUUAAAGGUAGGCCUACCAUAUUGGGUGUGGGUUUUUUUAGGGGGGGGGGGCAAGUAUAAAAUGUACAUGUUCAUUAACUUAUUUGAUUUUUUCAGUGGUCUGUUUUCUCGUCACUUUUUUGUCUUUCCAUAAACUAUAUUAUGACAGUUUCUAUUUAAUUAUCUGAUCAGAGAAAAAGGGGGAAAUGUUAUGUUUGAUAGUUCACGUUAUUACACCUCAUAAAUGUUGUUUCUCUGUAUGAUGGGGAAAAGCAUAUAUUUUAUGUCUUGAUAAAAUUGGAAUAUUUAGCUAUGUUGUGUAGGCUGUUGUUUCAAGAAUAAGUGUAUAAAAUCAAGAACAAAUAACUGAUUAAUGUCAGCUCCUGUUUACAUCGGCCGUCUCUUUUCAAAAGUGAAUGUUUUUCCAAGUUUUCUAAAUGAAAUUGUAUUACUUUUUGCAAAAAAUAGAUCCUAAUAUUUAGCGCCCUCUAUUGGCAAAACGAACAGCGCCCUCUACGAGCCUAUAGACAGCUUUUUAAUAAUCCAAUAAAUAGCGCCCUCUGUUGACAAAAUGAACAGCGCCCUCUAGUGAACACUAAAGAAGGAUUUUUUAUCCACUAAAAAGAAUAGCGCCCUCUACCGACUUAAUUUUACCAACGCUCACACCAACUCGCCCCAGCAUUUCGCCCCAUACCAACUCGCCCCACCUUUUUCGCCCCCGUCCAAAUGGGUCAAUAGAGGGCGCUGUUUACUUGAUCAACAGAGGGCGCCAUUUACCGCGAAGUAUAAACAGAAGAAUGUGAAGUGUGAUGAUACGAUGAAAACUGACAGAUUGAGGAGAGAAUAUGAGGAGAAAGCAGCUGACGAGGCGAGACAGAGGGAGGAGGCAGAAUGGCAGUCCAGAUUGCAGGAUGAGUGGGCAGCAGACAUGGCUGGGAUGUCCGACCACGCCCUGUGGGAUGACACAGGUUACACUGGGUUAAAUCAGGAGUCAUUCGAUGACUGGGCGACCAGAAUAGCAGCAGAGCAGAGACAGAAACAGCAGCAGCGAUACCAGGGGCAUCAGCCAUCACGUAGCAGUCACAGCAGAGAGGAUGCCCAAGACAGAGAACGGAGGCAAGAGGAGAAACGCAACUUCCAAAGGAAACUGGAAGAAGAGCACGCGAGGUAUCAGAGGAGACACUCAGAACGACUCCGGCAGAAACUCCUGAGGCAGAAGGCUGAGCAUCUACAGCGAUGUGCCGAGGUGUUCAGUGCAGAGAGUCAGGAGUUGAGUCAGCUGGGAUUGGAGGAUGUGCCCUGGCCGGGUCACCAUGGCAACCCGGACAAGAUGAUCCAGGUGCUGACAUGUGACAUUAACCGUGAGGAUGCUGCAGAGCUGAGGAGGUUUGUACGCUCCCAGCAGCUGCUGUGGCAUCCGGACAAAUUCCUGCAGAAAUUUGGCAGCAGGCUGGUGGAGAGAGACAGGGAUAAGAUCAUGGAGAGGGUCACCCAGCUAUCACAGGCACUCAACCAGUUAGGAGAGGAGGAGAAAUCGGAUUGAUCCCGCCUUGAAUCAAACCGUGUGCAAUUCAGACUGUAGUACCUCUCUACCAGUGCAAUCAAUGUGGUUUGGGCCAGGGACUGAGACCUUGUCUUGAUCCCUAGCUUCUGCUUUUGAUACUUGCUCCAGGAUUUCAGGUGCCUAUUUUUGGACAUUAAGGCGCCAUUUUCUCUUGAACAUCAGAUUGAGCCCAGUUUGUGAUGUUUCACGGCUUGAAACAUCAACCCCUUUAAAGAGACUUUUGAUACACUCUCAGAGGAAUGGAUUGACUGGUUGCAUUGUAAGACUUUCUUGGUGAACAUAGCUUUUGUUAAUUCUUUGCUGCACAAAUAGGCCCAAUUUUGAAAGAAGGACUUGUCAGCCGUUUUGAGAUACGGUGGACACAAUUUGAGAGCGCUAUUUGGAGCCUGUGAGUUUGGGUAAAGGUUAAUGAGUUUACUCCCUCAGAAUAGCGCCCUCAUAAUCUCAAGAAGGCUAACUGUAGUCAAUAAUAUUGUACAAAAGACUCCGAUGGAAAAAAACUGCAUACUUCUCCAAGAUACCUUCACUAAAUCAAAGCCAGAAUUUAAGUUUAAACAUCCACCCCUUUGUUUCCAGAUGCACAAAUAUUCACUCCUUUGUGACAUUUUUAUCAGAAAAUUGAUCUAUAACAGUUUUAUGCAAAAGAAAAUAUGCAAGUUGAUUCAAAAGUCA